AUACAACAAAUGAAAUUAAAGAAUGAUAUCUUUGUACGAUAGACGAAACUAAGAUAGACAAAUUGAAACGAAUACGGACAAUGUCCCUACUUACAAUAACUGCAACUACUAACACAUUCCAACACGUCACACUGUUGUUUUUGUAUUGUGACUCUCUCUCCUCUCUCUCUUCUUCUUCUUCUAUUGCUUUCUAUUCAAAUCAACUUAAAAUUCAUUCUUAGAAGUUAACAAUGGAGGGGACAAUUAGAUGCUCAGCAAAUUAUGUACCAUUAAGUCCAAUAAGCUUCUUGAAAAGAUCAUCAAUGGUGCACAGUAAAAGAGUUUCCAUUGUUUAUGGUGAUGUUAAGUUUACUUGGGCUGAAACUUAUAUAAGGUGUAUCAAACUUGCUUCUGCUGUUAACCAACUUGGAGUUUCUCAUGGUGAUGUUGUUGCUGCGUUGGCUCCAAAUAUUCCUGCUAUGUAUGAGCUACACUUUGGGGUACCUAUGGCCGGAGCAGUUCUUUGUACUCUUAAUGUUCGUCAUGAUUCAGCGAUGGUGUCGGUGUUGCUCAAACAUUCAGAGGCAAAAGUCAUAUUCAUAGAUUACCAGUUCCUUGAUGUUGCUAAGGGGGCAUUACAGAUUCUUUUGAAGGAAAAGGUUAAAUUGCCCCGUCUAGUCCUAAUUCCCGAUUGUAAUGCUCAUAGUAGUACCACGAUACCUGAAGAUCUGGAAUACGAGUCAUUUUUAGCGACAGGAAGACCUGAUUUUGAGAUAGUAUGGCCAAGUGAUGAGUGGAAUGCUAUUGCUGUGAAUUAUACUUCAGGUACAACGUCGAGUCCAAAGGGGGUCGUCUACAGUCAUCGAGGAGCGUAUCUUAAUUCUCUGGCUGCUGUUCUUCUAAACGAAAUGCCUUCGAUGCCUGUCUACUUAUGGACUGUUCCCAUGUUUCAUUGCAACGGAUGGUGUCUUACGUGGGGUGUUGCAGCGCAGGGUGGCACAAAUAUUUGCCUUAGGAAUGUUACGGCCGCAGGAAUUUUUACGAGCAUAGCUGAGCACAAAGUUAGCCACAUGGGCGGUGCACCUACAGUUUUAAACAUGAUAAUAAAUGCACCUCCUAGUAUCCGGAGGCCACUUCCGCGGAAAGUAGCUGUGAUGACUGGCGGUGCACCACCGCCUCCUCAAGUGUUAUUUAGGAUGGAGGAGCUUGGUUUUGCUGUUACUCACUCAUAUGGUUUAACCGAAACCUACGGUCCUGGAACGGUUUGCACUUGGAAACCUGAAUGGAGCUCUCUAUCACCCGAUGAGCAGGCGAAGAUCAAGGCUCGUCAGGGAUUGCACCAUGUUGGUAUGGAGGAAGUCGAUGUGAAGGAUCCAACUUCAAUGAAGAGCGUACCCACUGAUGCAAAAACAAUGGGCGAGGUAAUGUUUAGAGGAAACACCGUAAUGAAUGGGUACUUGAAGAAUGCCAAAGCGACGGAAGAUGCUUUUAAAGGGGGUUGGUUUCGAAGUGGGGACCUAGCUGUGAAGCAUUCCGAUGGUUACAUUGAAUUGAAGGAUCGCGCAAAGGACAUCAUUAUCUCUGGUGGAGAAAACAUUAGCACGAUUGAGGUGGAGUCGGUUAUAUUCAGCCAUCCAGCCGUUCUUGACGCUGCUGUAGUAGGAAGACCUGAUGAUUACUGGGGCGAGACGCCUUGUGCAUUUGUGAAACUACAGGAUGGCAACAAUGCAACUGCAGGUGAAGUGAUCAAGUACUGCCGUGAUCGUUUACCACAUUACAUGGCUCCUAAAACAGUGAUUUUCGACGAUUUGCCCAAAACAUCUACAGGAAAGACACAGAAAUUUGUUUUGAGACAAAGGGCUAAAGCUAUGGGGAGCAUUACAAAGACCAGCAAACUAUAAUCCGUAACUUCAUUUGUUGUCGAUAGACUGAUAAUAAUGCCAAAACGAGAAAUGGUGUCCUUGUUUUAUUUUAUUGAAUCACAUUUAUGUUGUGGCAA